AUGAAUUUCUUCAGUCGGCAGAAGACGAGGACGCCCCAGGAGACGGUGAGAAGUUUGAAGGAGAACAUUGUUCGACUUGAUCAGAGCUCUUCUGGUGAAACAAAGAAACGAAUCAACGAAGAAGUGUCAAGAUUAUUAUCAAGUAUAAAAACAUCUUUGAUAGGAGAUGAAAUUGCCGAACCUUCCCCCGACGUCGUAGCACAGAUCGCCAAUGAAAUAUACGCACAGGACUUAUUAAGCUUGAUGGUGAUACAUCUCGCUAAAUUUGAAUUCGAGGCAAGGAAAGAUGUUUGUAGUAUCUACAGCGCACUUCUUCGGAGACAAAUCGGAUCACGUUCACCUACCGUGGAGUAUAUCUCAAGUCGACCAGAUAUCAUCUUCCACACUUUGAAAGGAUAUGGAAAUGCCGAAAUAGCUUUAAAUACAGGUUUGAUCCUCAAAGAGAUGGUACGAUACGAGGCCUUGGCUCAUAUACUGCUGUACUCUGAUCAAUUUUACACUUUCCCCAAUUAUAUCGAAAACACUACCUUUGGAAUCUCAUGUGACGCUUUCGCCAAUAUGAAAGAUUGUUUAACGAAACAUAAACCCAUGGUGGCUCAAUUUCUCGAUGUCAACUAUGAUCGAAUUGUUGGUUUAAAACUCAGUGGAAUCACCUGGUGUGAUUUUUUCUUCAACAUGUACACUACCCUCAUAUUAUCCACUAAUUACGUGACCAAGAGACAAUCUUUAAAACUUCUCGGAGAAAUACUAUUAGAUCGUACAAACUACGCAAUCAUGACACGAUACAUCGCCAACGAGGCCAAUUUAAAGAUGAUGAUGAAUUUUCUCAGAGACAAAAGUCGGAAUAUACAAUUCGAAGCGUUUCACGUUUUCAAGGUGUUCGUUGCCAACCCGACGAAACCACCUCAAAUCCAAAGUAUUCUUCGAAGGAAUAAAGAUAAACUUCUCUCUUUCCUCAAAGAAUUCCAUAAUGACAAAGACGAUGAACAAUUCAAUGACGAGAAACAAUUUCUCAUUGUGCAAAGUCAGCUUCUUAAUUGA